UGCAGCUGCACAUAGACACUAUCUACUCUGUCCAGUUUGUUUGAGGACCCAAGACUCUCUAUCCUGUCACCUGCGCAGAGUCUGCAUGAAGGAUAAGACACCACCAGUGAUCCUAGAGGUGGUUGAAAAGGCCAAGAAAGAUGUGUGUGACCUCCUGAAGAAUGGACGGGCUUUUAGUUAUGCAGUCCUGAAGCAAAUCGUCUCAUCACCAAAUCCAAUCGAAGGAUUGAUUGAGGAGCUGAAAUACCAUCACUUGUUUGUGACAGGAGUCCCUCCUCCUCUGCCCAUUGGUAAUCCAAGGUUGGUCACCGAAACCCUUUCUGAAUGCCCUGGGGAGGCACCCGGAGAGACAGAGCCAUCUGAUGUGGAAUCUUGCGGCAGCAAUGAGCUUUUUCAAUGUAGACAAGAGAAAACGUAUACCAAAGACAAAAUGGUGAAAGCGAAGGAUUUAGGCAUUUUGAAAAAGCAUUCAGCAGAUCAUCCAUUGCUCAAGCGCUUUGCAGACUACCUAAAGAAUGAUUACGAAAAUGCAAAGUACCAACAGGAGGUUGACACUGUUUCCCGGUACCUGUAUUUUGCUGAUCCUACGGAACCAUCUUUGAAGUUUGUCAAUGACAGAGAGAAGCUCAGAGACUUCCUGGGUCAACAGGCUAAGGCAGGGUAUAAGGCACAAACAUCAGGAAAUUACAUCAAGUGCUUGAAAAGGUUCUUGGAGUUCCACUUGACAAGGACCGGCUUGAGACAGGAUGACAGGGAGCUCUACAAGCAGUGCACGUUAUAUUUGAGUUUUUUAACUUCUUCACAGAGUGUCCUCUCUAAGCAAGCGAGCAAAGAAAUUGUGCAAAAGAGGCAUGCCUUGUUGUUUGACAAAAGUCAACCCACACCUCGUGAAUGCUUGGCUGUUCUUGAUAAAGGUGAAGGUGACUUAGUGAAAAUCAUGAAUCAACUUGAUGACAGUUCUUCUUCCUCCCUGAGUAGGACUGAGUGCAUAUUUGUGCUAUACUAUCUUGAGGCAAUUGUCAUACUAAGACACUGCCAACGGCCAUGUGUGGUGCAGAGCAUGAAGGUCAAGGAAUGGCUUGAACGGAAACACGCAGAUGAUGAUUCAAUCGUUUUUGUAAAGGACCACAAGACGGCUGCACAUUUCUCAAUUGUCCUGUCCAAGAAGGAGGAGGCGUGGUUUGAGAAAUAUUACAACAAAGUGCGGCCACAGCUCCUUGCUGGCGAAAGGAAACGUAAGCGAGAUGAGCAGGAUGAAAAGGAUGGAGAUGAUUUUUUCUUUGUGUCCUCCCGCGGUAAGCCAAUUAACAAUGCAGCUGGUGAUCUGAUAAAGCUCCAGCAAAAGUGCAACGUCCCCCAGGUGAGCAGCCAGGUUGUACGGAGGGUAUUUCAGACAGCAGCUAACCGCCUGGAUGACCCUCAGAAGAAAGCAGUUUUUGACUACCUGGGAUGAGGACUCCAAAAUCGUACCAUGACCCGUUUGGUGAGAUGUUUCAUAUGUUUUUUAGUGGAUCAA